UGUUUCCUUUCAUUGGUGCCUUAAGCACUCUUAAAGUAUUAGAGUUGACUAGGAAGCCGUGAGAGAGAGUUGAUCAUUCUGCAAACCGGUAAAACAACGCUGUAUUCAGGAUUGUAAAGAAUUUUAAAACGAUCCAUUUAUCCGAUCAGACAUUUGAAAUCCGAAUUCAGUACAGGUAAUCAGGAAACAGAAUCCAGUAUCCUGGAACUGUUUCACUUUUGAAAGGAAGCACGCAGCUGUACAGACGGCUACGUCAUCACGCAAAGAAAGAAGGCGUAUAUAUUUAGAAGUUUGCUGUAUCCGGCUGGAAUCAGACACGGUCACAGAGGAUCAGCUUUCAUAGAUUAUUCCAUCAAUUUGCGUAGGAAUUGAUUAUUGAAAUCAGCGACAGUGGAUAGGGGUGGAAGCUUGACCGUAUGACUAAUUUUAUGUUUACGACCCAGUGAAGAGCAUCUGGAAGAGCAGUAGUAAGAUAAAUAUUUGAAAUAAACGUUAGAUUAGGAAAAUUAUCACACUUACAAAACUAUCACCCGUCAUGAUUGGCUGUAUGAUGGCGUCACGUGACCAAAGACAUCGUCGAACACGGAAAUUGUCGAGCAACUGGCUCAAAAUGGCUGCUCCUCCUAGUCGUGGAACACGGUUUUUUAGUCGAAUACAAGAUGCCCUCACUCAUGCUGUGACUCCACGUUUGCAGAUCGACAGAAAAACUAUCGAGAAGACGUGGAAACUGAUGGACAAAGUGGUGAAACAUUGUCAAAACCAACGGCUGUCGUUGAAGAAUAGCCCCCCUUACAUCUUAGAUAUUUUGCCCGAUACCUACCAACAUUUGAAGUUGAUUAUCUCGAAAUACGAGGAUAGGAUGCACAUUUUGAACGACUGUGAGUAUUUUAGGAUUUACAUAGAAAACCUCAUCAAGCAAUCGAAGCUGGCCAUCAAGCUUUUCAAAGAUGGAAAAGAAAAAAUGUACGACGAAAACUCCACGUAUCGACGCAGCUUGACCAAGCUGAGUUUAGUUUUCAGUCACAUGCUGGCCGAGGUGAAGGCAAUAUUUCCUCAAGGAACUUAUAUAGGAGACGGCUUCAGGAUCACAAAAUACGAUGCAGCCGAAUUCUGGAGAAAGAAUUUUGGGAUUGGGAAAACAACGGUUUCAUGGAAGCAAUUUCGUCAAACUCUCCAAACAGUACACCAUAUCAGCUCAGGUUUGGAAGCAAUGGCCUUAAAGUCAACAAUAGAUCUGACAUGUAAUGACCACAUCUCCAUAUUUGAAUACGAUGUCUUUACAAGAUUGUUUCAGCCAUGGUCGCAUCUGCUUCAGAACUGGAAUCUCCUUGCCGUGACACACCCUGGUUACUGUGCUUUUAUGACUUAUGAUGAAGUGAAGGCAAGAUUGUGUAAACACAUGGAUAAACCUGGAAGUUACAUUUUCAGGUUAAGUUGUACAAGACUGGGUCAGUGGGCCAUAGGAUAUGUUACACCUGAGCAUACAAUUCUUCAAACCAUUCCUCAGAACAAGUCACUCUGUCAGGCACUUAUUGAUGGAGCUAGAGAGGGCUACUACCUUUACCCCGAUGGAAAUUCAGAAAACCCUGAUGUUAGCCAUCAUCUCAUCACCCCUCCUGAUGAGCACAUCACUGUCACUGAAGAGCAAUAUGAGUUGUACUGUGAGAUGGGAUCCACCUUUCAGCUUUGCAAGAUCUGUGCAGAGAAUAAUAAAGAUGUGCGCUUGGAGCCCUGUGGUCAUUUGAUGUGUCACAUGUGCUUAGACCAGUGGCAAGAAACUGGGGGGGAAGGGUGUCCAUUUUGCCGUUCUGAAAUCAAAGAUAUGCAGGCCAUUGUUGUGGAUCCAUUUGUACCACAUCUUGAGGAGGAGACAAUGGCAGUAAGAGCAGCAGAGAACCAAGAGAAUCACUUGGAUGGGGAAGACGAUGAAAUCAUGGAGGAUCCUAGUCAGUGGGUUUCCACAAUUGAUUCUAGACCUCAUGGUACUCAACAAGGAAGAUAUCCCCAUUUACAGCAGGAGAACACUGAGCAGUCUCGGUCAUCUGAAGAUGCCCCUCCGCCCUUGCCCCAGCGGCGAAACCUCCAGUUCAACUCACAGUCACCUACCUCUCCAACCCUCGUAGUCACCCAUGUGUCACCAUUUGCUUCUCCUGGGACAUCUUCAAGGUCAUCACCUUUAAGUUCUCCAUGGAACUCUCCAAGGAACUCGCCACGUGCAUCUCCUAAUGUGUCACCCCACAACUCUCCUCAUGUUUCUCCAUGUGGCUCACCACAUAACUCUCCUUCACUGUUAAGAAAGGUACCACCACCACCGCCACCAUCAACCUUAGAUGAGGACAGUCCUCCUGCAGUACCAGAGAGGAGGUAUAAACACAGAGGGACCAAUGUGGAAAAUAAAGAGAAUAAACCAGGAACUAAGACAUCUAAGCAUGAAAGCAACAGAAGGGAUACAUUGGGAUAUGCAGACAUAGCUGCUGCAAAUGUCACACAUGACUCAUUUGGUCAAAACCAGAAUAAAACAAAUUAUGCUCAGCUAACUUACCCUCAUCCUGAUGCAGCUGAGUCUACUAACAGGGAAAGAAGCAGACCAGGAGAAGCCACGAUGGCUGAAAUUUGUGCAAAUGAAGAGGCAACUUCAUAUGAUUUUCCUCUGCCCAUAAUAGCUGAAAGAGAACGUUCACGGGGUGAGAAAUCUAACAAAGAGAAUGGUUUAAGGGACAAUACCACUGACCUUCAAUCAGUUGCAGAUCCUUUUGCUGAAGACCCAUUUGAAUCGAAUGGUAAAUCAAAAAAUGCCCCGUUCGAUGAUGAUUUUGUAAAAGGCCCUUUGGUUGUAGCAUUGCCACCAACACGUUCACAAAGCUAUAAUUCUGGGAUGCCACGUAAAACCCAUGCUCAUAGCGACAAAAAUACUCUACCUUCAAGGGUGUUCACCAAGGCAAGAUCCACUGAUGAUGUGCUUGAGGAUCCCACUUAUUCAAAUGUUCGUCGAGACCAUGGCAGACAUCCUGGUCAAACCAAUGACUUUGAGAGCAACGGAAAUCCCACUUCAAACAGUCACCAUGAUAGAACUUUACGCCCAGCCCUGCUUACACGAAACAGCUGGGCUGGAGCAGAAGCAAAAAAUUUCAGCAAUCCAACAUAUGGUUCCCAGGGUUUAGAUCCAAAUAAGUUAGAAGGGAAGGGAGAACACAGACCAACACGAUCCAGAUUGCCAGAUGAAGAUCCAAACCUUGAUGCUAUGCAGUUUUAUGAAGAGGAUUUUACAAUUCUGCAGGCACAGGGCUACAGUCGUGAGGAGAUCACUAGAGCCCUUAUUGUAGCUGAUAACAACUUUGCUUUGGCAAGGAAGAUUCUCCGUGAGUUCUCUCAAGGGACAAGAAAGCUAUGAACUUUUGGUUACAGUUGAAUAGUAAUGUAAUAUGUUGAGAAAGUUGGAAUUAAGGUUGAGUUUUUCCCCUUGUAGAGUUGCUAAAGAAAGGAGAGUUUUGUUGAAUUUUGAUACCAUAGCCACAUAAUGAACUAUCAAGUAGUUUUUUAUUUUUUAGUUUUUCAGGUUUUAAUUUUAAGUUUUUAGUUGUUUAGUUUUUCAAGUAACUAAAGUUUUUAAGGUAAUUAAUCUAAACCUUUGAAAUGUGCACCACAAGAAUUAAUUCCCACAGAGGAAAUUUUUUGACAUCUGUGCAGUUUCCCUAAUUUGAAAUUCUUUAUAACCCAGCCUGACAAAUCAGUGAAAAUCUUGAUCAGUCAAUUUAAAUUGACCCCAGUUUAUCUAUUGAAAAAAAUUGUGACAUUUAACAUGAUAACCUUUUCAUUAUUUUUUAUGGACUUCUAAUUUUGAUCGGUUGCUUUCCAAUGAUAUUCUUCCAUAAUACAACAUCUCAACAAGUUAGGUUAGAAAAUGCAAUCAGCAAUAUAUAUGAGACAGUAGACAGCACCAAUAGGGACAAAUGUAAAGUGACUUGUUACUUGGCUGACUAAGAAAGCAGGCAAGGUCAUGUUAGUCUUUUGCUUUGACUGGCUCUUGAAGCAGGUGAGAUUGGCUUGUGUUACACACUCCGGAUUGUCCAUUUUUUCCCCCUCUGUGAAUUGCUUACAUGUUUUUUCUCAAAGAGAUUAUUUUGUAUAAUCUUUUUGCCAGGUUAUAAACUGACCAAGCUUGUUCCUCAAGUUGGCUAAGCUGUAAAAGGGUUUUAAAAAUAUUUCCCAAAAUCAAAUCUUCUUGAACUCAUGUUUGGUCGUGGUGCAUCUGAACUUGUAACUAUUACCUGGUUAUAGAUUGUUGGCAACACAACAUCAAUUUACAAAUACAGGUUGAUUUUUUUAAUUUAUUCAUUUCAUGAUUAAUUAAUGACUUGAUCAGUCAGACCUGGUGGUAGGUUAAUCAUAGUAGGGAAUGACAGUAAUUGUUUAGCUUAUGAAGCAGUAAUUACCCAGUUUUCUCAAGUCAUAAUCAAUCAACUCUCAUCAACCCUUAAACUCCCAAAACUUAAGUUGGAAUCCCACCAUAUAUUUCCUUCUGGAUAAGUGAAGAGAAUUCACUGUUUUAUCAAACACCUUGCUGAUGUGUUUUUCAAUUCUCACCACAUAUUUGCUGGAUAAUGUAUAGAUGUAGUAAAGAGAAGUUAUAUAUCAAUUAACUUUGGGAGUUGAAGGGUAAAUAAAGCUUUCAGUUACUCGCUAACUUUUUGGUCAGGAGAAAAAAUUGCUGUCAGAAUUUUGCUGGUGGUCCUAACAAGAUUAAAGGUCCUUUUUCAAAACUUAUUUGGUACAUGUUAUGUGUUCAGAAAAGAGAGUGGUAAUCAGCAAUUAAUGGAAAAAUGAAUAUUCCUUUAUUUCCACAUUGGGGAAUAAUUUGUUUUUUUUUUUUUUUUUUUUUUUUUUUUCAUCUCACUUCUUUGUCAUUUCUAUUCAGGUUGUAGAGCUAUAAAGGGAAACUUUGUUGUCAGCCUGUGGCUUGUUGUGUCUUUGUUAAAGCUUUGUUGGGGUGUUAACGUAAAUGUGAUACUCUAUAGUUUUAAGUCCUAUUUACAAUUCCCUAUGGGAAAAGUUAAUUGUCAAGUUUAUAAUUACCAGUGCAACAAUUCAGGGUUUAAGGAUGAAUCAUUGAAUGAUUUUGCAAAAUUGAAUGUAAAAAGACAAGCCUGGUCAGGUAAUGGCAGUUUUCUACUGCCAAAGUAUUUGUAAAAGUGAACAGAAUUCAGACCUGUAAAUAAAGCAACACAAGAAAAAAAAGCUUGGAAACAAUCAAGCUUGUAAAGAUUAUUACAUUUUUAGAAUUAUCCAAAUUUCUGGACUUAAAAAAGAGCAACAAAUAAGUAAACAUAAGGGUAUUAGUCUAGAAUAUGGUAAUUAAAUAAACAUUUUUUGGGGGAAGUAA